AUGAAGCUUCAAAUCAUUCAAUCUUUUGCACUUUUGCUUCUUACAUGCUUCGGGAAAGUUUGGGGGGAUGGUUCGCAUACCAAUAAUUGGGCAGUACUUGUGUCUACAUCUCGUUUUUGGUUCAAUUAUAGACACAUGGCUAAUGUGUUAAGCAUGUACCGUACGGUAAAAAGGCUUGGGAUUCCUGAUUCUCAGAUUAUAUUGAUGUUAAGUGAUGAUAUUGCAUGUAAUUCUAGAAACCUGUUUCCUGGUGCGGUUUUUAACAACGCAGAUCGAGCUAUCGAUUUGUAUGGACAGUCAGUUGAGGUUGAUUACAGAGGUUACGAGGUCACUGUUGAAAAUUUCAUUAGAUUACUAACGGAUAGGUGGGAUGAUGUGCAACCGAAGUCUAAACGGCUUAUGACAGAUGAAAACUCUAAUAUUUUUAUAUAUAUCACAGGUCAUGGAGGCGAAGAUUUCUUAAAGUUUCAAGAUGCGGAAGAGAUUUCGUCAUAUGAUAUCGCAGAUGCGUUUGCACAAAUGUGGGAGAAGAAGCGUUAUAAUGAGAUUUUUUUCAUGAUAGAUACGUGCCAGGCGAAUACGAUGUAUUCCAGAUGUUAUUCACCCAAUGUUCUAGCUGUUGGUUCAAGUGAGCUAGACGAAAGUUCUUAUUCUCAUCAUUCAGAUGUUGAAAUUGGGGUAGCAGUCAUUGAUAGGUUUACCUAUUAUACACUAGAAUUUAUGGAACAAAUUAAGAAGAAUUCUACAGCAACCCUCCAGGAUCUUUUUGAUUACUACACAUUUGAGAAGGUUCAUUCACAUGUCGGUGUUCGGAAAUAUUUAUAUGAGAGAGACACUGCCGAAGUUUUAAUAACAGAUUUCUUUGGUAAUGUGCAGAAUAUUAUACUGGAUGAUGAGGAAACCACGGACGCAGGAGCUGGUAUUGCAGGAACACAGGAACAGAGAAAUGACAUAUUGGACUUCACUAUCGCAAGGAACUUAAGUCGUACUCCAGAAACAAUAUCCAAAGAGAAUCCAAGAGUGACGCAGGUGGUAAAAAGUACCGAAGUUAAUAAAGAUGGAGCAUUAUAUCAAGGUUCUAUCGAAUCAUAUAAUCGUUCUCUAGUAAAAGCAUUUGGGACUUUAUUGCUAUUAUCUCUAAGUCUAUCACUAUACGCUCAAAAGGAGAACACAAGCCUCGAUUCUUAUAAUACACUGUAUAAAGCUACUUAA